AUGUAUCCAUGGCAUUCCCUCGUUCUUCUGCUGUUCUUUAUAUACCCGUACGUUGACCUAGUCGUAGGACGUGCUGCUGGAAGUGACAAGAAGUACAAUGGAAGCCAGGCAACCCAAGAAAUCUCGGGGUUUGCCGAGGCGCCGAAGAGUGCAGAGCGGGAGGCAUGGAUAUCAACUGAACAUUUGAAACGCGCACUGUGCAAAAAGUACUACACGGUCGUCUUGGGGAUGCAUCCCUCAUUCAGUGUAGACAAGCUUGACUGCGAGCAUCGACCCGAUCCAGAAGAGCGCAUCAUCGAGAGCUCAGAACUCAGAUUUAUGGAUCCAGCACAAGUUCGACAGGAUCGCAUCGAGGCUCUGAAGAGGCUACAAAAAGAAGUGAAAACAAGUCCAACAGACCGAGUCAUCGUGGAAUGGGACACAAGCUGCCUCAAGGAUCUUCCGUCAAGAGUCGUGGAAUCCACGCCUUCUCAAUAUGACGGCUCUGUCCCCGUCUUCGACGAGUACGAGCUUCACGACUCGUCGGAACGAAUUGUACUGAAAAGAGGAGUUUAUCUCCGAGACCGGAUUGGAUUAAAGGACAAAACCGAUCCUGAAGUCCGCCAGAUGCUCAAAGGACGUGAAUAUGCAUUGGGCAUCAUUGCCAGCGCUUUAGGGCUCCAAGUAGGGGGUCCUGGACACGGGGUACCGUGCGAGGGACAGUGUAGAAAGGAGCUGCAGAAUGUCAUGCUCGCGAAGGAUGUGCCAACUCUUGAAGCGGCACAUUAUUCGCGACUCGGUGUCGACGUCUUGCACCUUAAAAAUUUGAAAAAGCAUAAGGAGAUCUGGGGGAUCACGAAGGCGUCCGAAAUUCCAGCGGUUGUUCGUCGGCUUGCAGAGAAACGGGAGACUACUAGCACAGCAAAUGGAGAAAGAAAUAUGGCUGCUUCGGCGCGCGAGGCAACCAGUUGCAUCUUGAAAAUGUCUGAUGAUCAGAAACGCGAAGUGCAGGUCCCGGAUAUCGCGAAAACUCCGAUGGCGGCAACAGGAGGUGGCGACCCGGAUCAGGCUAGACAGUGGUAUCUUCAUUCCUUCCUCGGAAACUAUACGCUUUGGGCUGACCUUGCGUGGCCUGAGCUGGCUGGAAGACCGGGAAAUGCCAUAGCCGACGAUUUUGUUGUGGCGGUGCUGGACACUGGUUGUUUUAUACACCAAGACUUUAUUGAUGGGUUCGAUAUCGAAAAUAGCCGGUUCUGGAUCAACAAAGGGGAGACCGACUGCGAGAAUAGGAUCGACGACGAUGGAAACGGCUAUGUGGAUGAUUGCUUCGGAUGGGACUUCGUUGGAGACCAGGCGUAUCCUUUUGUUGAUGACCUCGGCCACGGGACGUCUGUGACGUCCAUUCUUGCAGCCAGGCACGGGAACAACGCUGGUGGUAGAGGCAUCAUGUCGACUGGCAAAGUCAUGUGUCUACGAGUGGGUGGACGAGAUGGCAUUUGGCUUUCUGGCACCAUUCCCGCGCUCGAUUAUGCGUUGAGAAUGGGUGCCAAGGUCUCUAAUCAUUCCUACGGUGGGAAAGGGUUUGACCAAGCGGAAUUCACGGCGUUUCGACGAGCUUCUGAAGCCGACCACUUAGCUGUUACGGCAGCUGGUAACAGCGGCUGCGACGUCGACAGUGAUAACACCUGCCUAUUUACUCCAGGAGCUUUUGAUCUUGAGGGCAUCCUGAAUGUUGGAGCAAAUGACGUCACAGGCCACCGGGCGACAUUCUCUAAUUACGGGAAGAACGCUGUGGACGUGUUUGCUCCGGGUCAAAGCAUUUUCGUUGGGACUAACAAAAUGCCAAAUCAGGUGGAGAAGACAUGCAAGUAUUGCUACGAGUUUAUAGACGGCACAUCUUUCGCCGCGCCGAUGGUGUCCGGGAUGGCGGCUGCUCUCUGGACGCAUUUUGAGAUAACACAACCAGUUGGUUGGGUCCAGAAUACCAAAAAGAAGAGUAUGCGAGUCAAGGAGGCGAUUAUGUAUUCGGUGACUGGGUCACAGGGCGUUGCAGGUGCUGGAAGAGUAAACGGCGUAGUCAAUUUCUACAAGGCUCUCCAUUAUUACGACACAAUCCCCUCUGCCUACAGGGCUGAGUUUCCGGAUCCCAGUGGCGGUUACCAAGCUCAAGGGAGCGUCUCCCACACGCUUUUCACCGCAGGUAGUUCUUCCGUAGGGAUUUUGUUCGUGGUCUUUGCGCCUCUCGUUCAGCACCUGUGGUUGCUGACGUCAUUUUGAACGGAGUACGUAGAGGAAGCAACUGACGAGCGUGUUGUUCCGUCUCCCAGUGCUUUGAGGCUGAUUAUAAGGAAAGCAUGAAUACAAGUGAGCCUCUAUACAAGGAGUUGAUUCCAUCCAUCAGCAGUUGAAGACCGCCGGACCGAAAGAGGUUUUACCCGCGCCGACGGAGAAGUUGGAGUGCUUAGCACGCCUCUUAAGCAUCAUCCAGACAUUUUACGAGCCAGUUACCUUCCCUUCGUUAAUGCCCAAAAGCCGUGCUAUAUUUGAAUGAGAAAACAACGACGCUCUGAAAAUACAUUCAGGUUACCUGAGGGUCGUUCUUAUUUUGCUUGCACGAUUUGCGCGCUGAAUCUUGUGUGUCCACUCAAGAAAACAGUCAAUGUGAGCAUGAGAUACUUUUUUCCUGCAAAUACUAUGAUCUUUUCGUGUCGGUGUAGAAAGCGCUGCUCUUCAGUUCGCACAAGAGAGCCCGUUAGUACAAAUUGUUGAAACCGAUUGGUGUUCUCCAAGUAAUAUUGCUGGCAUGACACAAGAGAU